AUGGUCGUUGCCCUGCUCGCCAAGGUCACGCUCGCAGCGCUUCUUGGGCGCGUCGUGUGGAUCGUCUGCAAAUGGUGGUUGAGCCCGUCACCGCUGAAAAAUAUUCCUGGACCUGAACCCUCCGGAAGCUGGUUAUGGGGCCAUUUCAAGCAGAUGUUCCAUCGGGAGAGCUGGGACUUCCUUCACGACCUCUUCAACAGAUAUGGUCAGGUGGUGAGGGCGGACUCUUUGCUUGGGCGGAAACUACUCUUUGUGCACGACCCGCUCGCGCUUCACCAUAUUUUGCUCAAGGACCAGCAUGCUUACGAGGAGUCCGAUCAACACACAGCGAUGUGUAUGGCUCUAUUCGGCCCUGGAUUGUUCUCGGUCAUGAGUGACACCCAUCGGAAGCAACGCAAGAUGCUGAAUCCCGUAUUCUCUGUCACUCAUAUGCGCCACAUGUUGCCCCUCUUCUACAGCACAGUGGACCGCCUCGUCGAGUCCAUCCACAAUCAUGUCGCCAACGGACCGCAGACCUUGGACAUGCUUGGAUGGUCGACGCGUAUCGCGCUUGAGCUCAUUGGGCAGGGCGGGUUGGGCUAUUCCUUUGAUCCCUUGACUGAGGACACCGCGAACCCCUAUGGAGAUGCCAUGAAGAUUCUCAUGCCUUCGAUGCUCCCUUUGAUGGUGGCCCGCCCCCUCCUCCCAGUGGUCGGCAAGUUCCUUCCCCGUAUGGUCCAGCGAUGGUUCGCGGAGCGCUUGCCGUGGCCCGCGUUCCAACGGAUCCGCCACGUGGUCGACACCAUGGACGAGAUGUCCCACGAAAUUUACGAUCAGAAGAUGGCCGCGCUGCGCGCGGGCGAAGAGGCGGUCGUACAGCAGAUCGGUGCCGGAAAGGACAUUCUGAGCAAGCUCUUGCAGGCGAACAUGGCCGCGGCAGAGGAGGACAGGUUACCUGAUGAUCAGCUCAUCGCACAAAUCACAACUAUCGUCUUCGCGGCCAUGGACACCACUUCGGGGGUCAUUGCGCACAUGAUCCACAUGCUGGCGGAACAUCCGGACGUCCAGGACCGUCUAAGACAGGAAAUCUUGAUGAAACGUGCGGCCCUCAGCGGCGAAGACUUCACGUACGAUCAGCUGCAAGAUCUGCCCCUUCUAGACAUGGUCUGUCGCGAGACCCUUAGGAUGUAUCCUCCCCUCGUCUUCCUUAUCCGCACAGCGAUCAAAGACGCCGUCCUCCCACUGUCCACGCCCCUCCGCGGUCGCAACGGUACCUCGAUGGAUCGGAUCCACGUGGCGAAGGACACUUCGGUCGUCAUUAGCAUCCUCGCCUCGAACCGCAACCAUGCGAUUUGGGGCCCGGACGCAGACGAGUGGCGGCCCGACCGCUGGGCGAAGCUCCCGGACGCGGUCGCCGACGCCAAAAUCCCUGGGGUGUAUUCCCAUCUACUGACCUUCCUGGGAGGCGGCCGUGCCUGCAUCGGGUUCAAGUUCUCCGAGCUGGAAAUGAAAGUCGUGCUCGUGAAGCUCCUCGAGCACUUCCGGUUCUCCAUGCCCGCUGACCUCGCGCAGCCCAUCUACUGGAACUUUGGCGGCGUGCAGUGGCCGAGCGUGGGGCGCACGAGCGAGAAGGCGGAGUUGCCUCUGAAGGUCGAGCUGGUCAAAGCGUAG